AUGACGUCGAUAUAUCUCGCCUUCAAAAAUAUAUUCAAAGGAAAAGACGCACAUGUUCGGACGAAUAAGAAGAUUCGCAAGCUGAUCCAAGUCCACCAGACCAAGGCCGAAGUUCGCGACUUGAUUGCUGAGUAUAAUGUCGACAACGAGUGCAACGCCGUCAAGAGUCUGCUCGAGCAGUGUAUUUUCGAAUCCACCUUGAAGGCGAAGAUCAAGUUUCCAGAGGUGUUUGACAUCUCGCCGGCGCAGAGUGCUGAUCGUGCAGCCUCGGAAGCAGAAGCUGCGCGAGCUGAGGUUCAUGUGAUACGAGACAUUUACUUCAGACCUCAAGACUUGAAUGCGGUAUCUGCAGAUCGUCCGCCGGAGAGGAGAUAA